AGUUUUCGUCAGAGUGUGUUGGUCAGUGACGCGGGUCGGAGGGCGGUGCUGCGCUGCCGCUCGGAUUGUUACUUGCUCGACCUCGUCCUCCACCACGCCGAAGGACGUCUCGCCGGAGUGAAGUGUGAGUGAUGCUUAUCGAAUCUAGGUCAGAUUCCUGGCUCCUUUUCGGUGGAUCAGUGCUUCUCGUGUGCUGCUGCGGAAGUUGAUAAUCUAUUACAAGGCUGUCGCGCGGUGCAGGUCGCUGGGGAGACGAAGACGACCGAGCGCGAAAGCAGUGCGAGGAGAAGACCGCCCUCGGAGACUGAAACGUGUACGAUUGGCGCGAUGGAGUGACCGAAGGAGAUUCAAUAGUAUAUCAGACUUUCUCCCUCCCUCCCAAUCCUUCCCUCCCCCUUCCCACCCCGCCCAGCCCGACCCUACCCCUUCCCACACUCUCCCAGCACCUCUCCAGGACAUGUAAAAGAGGGGCGCUGCGGGUACCAAUUACAUUUUGACCUUUCCAAUCUCACCAUCCGCAUUGUUGGACUAGAAACUGACCAAAGAACCCUCGGGUGUAUCUUUGCAUUGCAAUUGCAAGAAGCGCUGCAAUACGGCUCGAACCUCGACUGGGACCGCAUCGUCUCCACGCGCUGCCUACCAAGAGAUUGCGAACACGUGAAGAUGGAGGUUCAGCAGGUACCUCGGCUGCUACCGCUGCCACUCCCGCUGCUGCUUAUCCUGUUCAUUCCACAAUACUCAUGCUUUAAUCUCGAGGUCUCAAAAGCCCAGGUGUACACAGACCCGACCCUCGACUACAGCAGUUGGGGGAGGGAAUCUUACUUCGGUUUCGCCGUCGCCCUUCAACUCCGGACGUCUGACGACACUGCCUGGUUAGUCGUGGGGGCUCCACGUGCCAACUCAAGCCACUACAAACCCAGAGCUAUAACGGAGCCUGGAGUGGUGUUCAAAUGCAGCCUUGAGGGAGACACCUGCCAGGAAUUGUACAUCGACCAAAAGGGGAACACCAUGACACACAAUCCCAACGGUGAUUUCAGUUACCACGACCUCAAGAACGGCGGCUGGCUGGGAGGGUCUCUCGAUUCCCAACCGACGUAUGGUGCAGACCGUCAAGUCACUGCGGUGUGCGCACCGAGGUGGAUCAACCAGAAACUACUUGGCAAUUACCUUAUGAACGGAGCGUGUUACUGGCUUAACGAGUCCCUCCCCAACGCUCCAGCCCACAAGAAGCUGCCUUUGGUUCAGGAGUCCCUUCAGACUCAUGGCGAUGCAGUGUUCUACUACGCCCACGGAGAAGCGGGUAUGUCUCUCCAUCUCCCGGACGACCCAACCGAGAUGAUUGUGGGCGCCCCGGGUGUGUACAAGUGGCGAGGAACCAUCAUCCGCUUCAAGGACACGUACAUCCAACACGUAGGGGGUAUAGCGAGGCGCAGACGACAGACCAGACCAGAAAUACCAGAAAACCAGAUGUUCUCGAGGGAAUUCGUACCUAACCCGUACUACACCUCUGCCAUGGAGGACUUCGAUCUUAUGGGGUAUUCCGUGACUUCGGGGCGGUUCAGGUCAAAGGACGAGCUCCUGUAUGUGGGCGGUGCUCCUCGAGGGGCAGGGUCGCACGGGAAGGUGAUCGUCUUCUCGUUCCCCGACUGGCAGUCUCAGCCCCUCACCGUCCUGGCCGAGUGGAAAGGAAAGCAACUCGGGGAAAACUUCGGUGCCUCCCUUGUCGCUGCUGACGUCAACGGAGACGGCCUCAGCGACCUGAUUGUCGGGGCGCCCAUGCACUCCCUGAAGGACAAGCCGGAUGCAGGAAGAGUACAAGUGUUCCUCUCUUCACAGGAUCAGCAGUUGAUAAGUUCCGACUACCGAUACCACGGGUCCACCACGAGCUUCGCCAGGUUCGGCACGAGUCUGGCGCGUAUCGGGGACCUCAACGCGGACGGGUAUGAAGACGUGGCGAUAGGUGCUCCUUGGGAAGGCGAUGGCGCUGUGUACAUUUACCUCGGGUCCGCUUCUGGUUUGAGACAAGCAUACUCCCAGAAACUUCAGCCUCAAGACUUCCCCCAGAAUAUGAAGGGCUUUGGAAUGGGUCUCUCCAGAGGCAUCGACUUCGACAAGAAUGGUUAUCCAGACCUAGCAAUUGGCAGCUUCGUGUCAGGCCAUGCAGUGGUGCUAAGGAGUCGACCUGUAGCCUACAUUACAGGCAGUCUCACUUCAGAACCACCCAAUAUUGGCCUCAAUGACACCCUCUUCCAGCUGUCUGCCUGUUUGGGGUACCGGGGUUACAAAGUCCCACGUUAUGUCAGUAUUAAGGGAAAUAUCACGCUUGACACGGCCUUCCCCUCUCCUCGAGCUUUCUUCGCCGACAACAAGAGCAACUUUAAGGAAGUGAGUCUUGUAGCGACAAAUAAAGAAACAGAAUGCCUCCAGUACCCAGUUAUGGUCAAGGAUGACAAAGUGGAUCCCCGAAAACCUAUUCACAUGAAGCUGGAAUAUGACUUGUUUUCACCCGAAGGACACAAUAUACUCGCUCAACCCAAGACGGAACCAGGAAUAGGGACAAUGACCAUGUCCAGAGUCGGCAUAGUGACUGGGUGUGAGGAGGACGGUGAUGACGCCUGCCUCGUGAACAUGCAAGUGAGCAGCCGCUUCGAUAGGUACAGUGAAAGUGACUACAUGAUAAUAGGAAGUGACAACAAGCCAGUGCUAACAGUGAUGGUUGAUAAUGUGGGAGAGCCAGUGUUCCUCCCAAACCUAACAGUGCAAGUAGAACCACCCUUGUCACUAACCAUCCCACUCACCCAUGACUGUGUGUACGCUGACAGUGAUGUGAGAACUUCCCUUACAUGCCGCCUUGCAAACCCCAUUGUCAAAGGUGGAAGGGAUAAGAUUGAGAUUACAGUGGACGCCAGUAACUUGGGGGACAGUUCAUCCGACCCAGAAAUUUCUCUCGAGGUGUCCGGUGAGGGUCUUGAGCUACAUCCUCUAGAUAAUGCCAUUAGCCAUUCCCUGAACCUAGCUGCUGAGGCUAACCUCCUUCUCCAUGGGUCUUCUCGUGAAGAGCAAGUGGUGUACCAGCGAUUUAAGAAGGGUUCCAUUAAUACUACCUACACACCCUCUUUUCUACACAUAUAUUCGAUAGUAAAAGAAGGCCCAACACCACUUGGUCAAGUCGAGUUUGUGCUUGAUAUUCCAGUCAAUAUCACAGAUGAAAAUUUCCUGAAAAUUUAUCAUCCAAAGGCCAGCUUUUUGGGAGAGCCAGUUGCCUGUACCAUCCAUGGAGGGACCUUUUCAGUUUUUGAGAAGAAGCCUUCGAAAAGCAGAGGGUCACGAUGGAAGCCAAAAGAAAAGAAGAAGAAGAAGAAGGAAAAGAAGAUAGAGACUGAAGUGGAAGAAAAGGAAGAAACAGUGAAUAUUGUUGAUGCAAAACUGGAGAAAGCAGUAUUGCUCAAUUGCUCAAACCCCCUCAUCUCGUGUGCUCAAAUACGUUGCCUUAUCAGCACUUGGCCAGCAGAAACAGUUUCUGCCGAGUUUUCUGUCAGAAUGGACAUGAACUUAACAAAAUUAGCUGACCACAUCUCUGCCGCGGCUGGAGCAGAGUUUAUCAGCCGAGCCCAUGCCAGGAUCCUCACCCUCAACCCUCUAUUGACCUUUAUUGGGAACAACGAGUCUGCCCUGGAGGUCCAGACAUUCCUACAGCCAGACAGACUACCUGGCAGAGGAGUACCUUGGUGGGUCAUUGUUCUGUCUAUACUUGGAGGAUUACUGCUCCUGGGUGUUACUUCAUAUGUGCUAUACAAGAUGGGCUUCUUCCAGCGAAAAGAACACGAAGAAAUGGUAGCUCACCAGGCUAUCAUCGAGUCAAACGGUACAGGAUGAUUUAUAUCUCAUACAUAUGGAAAAAGUAAAUCUUAAUUAUAGGUAUAGCUGUGAACCAAAGACUUACUGUGUACCUAAUGCAUCUAACAAGGAGAUUUUCUUAUCGGUGUAGUUAAUUUAGAUGAUUAGAACAAAUUUACUUUCAGUUAGAUUUCCAAUUAGGAUGCAAUAGUGGAGAGUGUUGCCAUAAACAUAUUUUAUAUAUUAGGUUGAAAAAUACCAUGCAAUAUUUGGGUGAAAAAAAAGAACCAACCAACAAAAUCUAUGAGCAUAAUUCAUAAGAAUUAUAUUUGUGAUACAGUAUGACUGUCAUGAACACCCUGUUUAUUAGAACUGUAAAACUGGUACAAAAAUUGAAAAAAAAACAAGAUUUUAAAUGUGAUCAGGAGUAUUGGUGAUGAUACAGAAAUGGAGUUCCUCUGGUAUAGAGAAACUCAACUAUACAUGCAUCUGAUCUUCAGUUGGUUACUGAAUUCAGGCAGUUAGUUCAGUUAGUUAGUUAGUUCAAUUUCUCUCUCUCUCUCUCUCUCUCUCUCUCUCUCUCUCUCUCUCUCUCUCUCUCUCUCUCUCUCUCUCUCUCUCUCUCUCUCUCUCUCUCUCUCUCUCUCUCUCUCUCUCUCUCUCUCUCUCUCUCUCUUUCUCUCUCUUUAAAAUACUGAAUUUUAACAUCUGUUGUAUAUAGAACUUUGACCAUAGUAUCCAAAAUCUCUUUCCUGCUAUUGUGAUAAUGUAUAGAAAAUGAUAACAUAGGAAUUAUUAUUUGCCUAAACCCAGUGACUUGUGAUUGGAGUGUCGGUAUGUGUCUAAAUGGUUCAUGACCAUCUAUAUUGUAAAUAAAGUUUCUGAUACAUAGUGUGAAUAAUUUAUUGCAUGGAUGCUUUUCAUACUCACAUUUGUAAGAUCUCAUUUUAUUAGGUAGAUCUAAUAUGUGUGUGUGUGUGUGUGUGUGUGUGUGUGUGUGUGUGUGUGUGUGUGUGUGUGUGUGUGUGUGUGUGUGUGUGUGUGUGUGUGUGUGUGUGUGUGUGUGUGUGUGUGUGUGUGUGUGUGUGUGUGUGUGUGUGUGUGUGUGUGUGUGUGUGUGUGUGUGUGUGUGUGAGUGUGAGAGAGAGAGAGAGAGAGAGAGAGAGAGAGAGAGAGAGAGAGAGAGAGAGAGAGAGAGAGAGAGAGAGAGAGAGAGAGAGAGAAGGGUGGGGAGUGAGUUAUGGUAUCACAAAUAAUUGUAGUGUUUCAGUAUGAAUUUUCCCUACUCAUAGGAUUAAGCUGAUAGUAGUACAGGUCAUUAAUACCUUGGAAGUAUUAAGAUGACUUCUGUCCUUGCAUGACCUAUGAAGUUGCCAAAUUACUGUAUGUAGAAUCACACUCAGUAAUGUAGUUAGACCAGGAAACAUGCACUUUUGUCAUGUUUUUGCCAAAAUAGAUAAUUUCUCUAGUCAUGUUUCUUAGUCUUUAUGAUGUUGAUUUUCUUAUUUUUCAUUGUAUAGCAAGCUUAUCUGGAUGAACCAGUAUGUGUCUUGUUACACUUGGCAUUAUGAGAUCUGUAAUUUGCUAUUACACAGAAAGGGUAAUGUAUCAUCUUAAUAUCAGUCCUUUAUCUUGAUGACUAAGUUAUGAUUUACCAGCAACUUCAUUCAUGUUGACUAUUUUAUGCGUUUUUUAUUCAUUUAUUUAUUUAUUUUCAUUGUUUUUCUCUUUUCAAGUAUUCUGUUUUUUAUGUGAUUUUUGCUGUGAUGUUAAUUGGUAAUUUGGCAAGUAUAUUUGUCAGAAUAAAGUUUUAUUUAUGUUAACAUUUUUGUAUUAUGGAAUAUCUUGUCAGUUAUGUUAGUAUUGAUUUUAAUAUUCAUAUUUUGACAAAGAAUUUGUAUGCACAAAGAGGGACUAUACAAGAGUAUUUAAGGUUGGAAGAAGGUGUUGAAAUAACUUGUAAUUUUAGGAAAAUAUAUUUAAUAAUGCAACAAAAGCAAUACAUACAAUUAAGUAAAUGUGUAAAUGGGAAUAUGCUGAAUAAAAUCAAGGUAAAUAAUAGUUCUUAUGCAAUAACUAUGCACAAAUGUUUAAAGAGACAUGCUUAUGUUGUAUUUUUACAUCCUAAUUCAUCUUGUACAUUCAAUCAUCAUUUUUUUAUGUUUCAUACAAAUUGUAUUUACCUUUGCCUUCAAUUUCAUAUAGUCCUUUAACAUACCUGCCUUAUCAUAUCUUCCCCAAGCCUUCCCAUCCUCUUUAAAUUUACCCAUGUCAAAUAUUAUACCUGGCCCUGCCUUACCUAUAUGGGUAUCCACAAAGCUGAAUUAGUUUUAGGUCCAUUGUUAAUGUUUUGCAAAAUGAUUGUUGAUUCUAAGUCAAAGAAAUAUAUAUUUUGCCAACAUUUAGAGUAAUAAUUUGAAGUGAAUGCUCAACAUAGGUGUAAGGGUUUAAUAUGACUGGCUUAGUAAAAUGCUGAACACGAGAUGUUAAAAAUGCAUUUAGGAAGUAAUAUUUUCUGAGAAUGUUUGAAUGGUAUAGUAUUUCAUCAUUGUAUAAUGUCCCUGACUUGUAUUUGUUUGUUCUUUUUUAAUAAAAGAGACUAAUGCUAA